AUGUCAACGCCAGCUGCAGAUGUUGCGGCACAAGCACAGCGUAUCAACAAGGAUAAGAAAGAAGCAAUCAUCAAGCUUGCACAAGAAAGCCGGAAGUCCAGCAAGAUACCCGAUCCGGCUAUCGAGCCAUGGAAGUCACUUCACCGUCAACUUGAUAAUUUGCUUUCAUGGCUCGAGACGGAGAUCAAGAUGACUCCGGAACUAAAGAAGGCUGGUCAGGUCGGCGAAAUUCUGAAAUUGGUAUACCAGAAUCGCAACUUCCACUUCCAGCCCUCACAAGCUGAGAGCGCUCGGGCUCUCCAUGAUCGAUUUGAAUCUGAGCGAUGGGGAGCACCAGCACCAGCACCAGUUCAACUGCCUACGCCUCCGUCAGGCAUAAAGCGAGAACACAGCGACGAUAGCGAUGUCGAGGAAGCCACAAUCAAGAAGCGAGGAAAAUCUUCGCCCACAAAGAACUCCUCAGACGACAAAUUCCUUAUCAAGCGACCGCCACCAGACCAUCCAAUCUGGGGCAGACAUGGCACCAUGCACGGUCUGGCUCUGAAGAAGAACCUAACUACUGGAAAGGAGAGUAAGAUACUCAAUGAUGAGUAUCAAGCCAAGGACUGCAGUAAAUUCGGCGACAAUGGCCUUCAGGUUGGGCAGUGGUUUCCCUACCGACUUUCAGCGCUCUUCCAUGGCGCGCAUGGUCACUCUCAGGCUGGGAUACAUGGUGUGCUUACGUAG